UCUGAAGGAUUCAUUUGUAUUGAAAUGACCUCGUCUGACUGUCUGUGCGUAAGUAAGGAGGUAAAAAAGUCUUUAUCAGCCAAACUUUGUGGGGAAACAGCGCCCCUUAGUGGGCCGAAUGAAACAGGAAGUGAUCGAAAUCACGGUUUCUACACAUGGAAAAACUGGAGCGAAAGACACUUUGUGUCACCGUGCAGUGUUUGGUUUGUUUGCCUGAGCUGCAGCCGACCCUGCGUUAGCGCGGCUGUUUCCGGCACGGCUGGUUGCUCCAGUCUGUCUUCAUUUUAUCGCAGGGCUGCAGCUGCACUUGGCUCACAUUUACUGAACUUUAAGCCCAGUCCAAAGGUUCCCCCACGCUGUCACUGAAGUUUGCUGCGUCUGAGCAUCAGCGGGCAAAUUGCUGUCUUGAACUGCAGGACGUUUGAGGGUUUUUUAUUCUUCUUCUUUUUUUGUUUAAAGUCCUUGAAAGCUCUCAGAUGGAUUCCGCACGGCAAACUGUCCUGUCUGUACACCAGAGGAUAGUCGACAAUGGAGACAAGAGAACGGACCCCUGGCUGUUGGUCUACUCCCCAGUCCCGGUGACGCUCAUCUUCCUGCUUUAUCUGUUUGUAAUCUGGGCCGGCCCUCGUCUGAUGAAGCACAGGGAACCCUUUGAGCUCAAAGUGGUCCUCAUUGUUUACAACUUCGCCAUGGUUGGCCUGUCUGUGUAUAUGUGCCAUGAGUUCCUUGUUACAUCCUGGCUCCUUAACUACAGCUUGCUGUGUCAGCCUGUAGAUUACAGCACCAGUCCGCUGGCAAUGAGGAUGGCCAGAGUGUGCUGGUGGUUUUUCUUCUCUAAGGUCAUAGAGCUCAGUGACACGCUCCUGAUCAUCCUGCGGAAGAAGAACAAUCAGCUGACGUUCCUUCAUGUUUACCAUCACAGUACGAUGAUCUUCAACUGGUGGUCGGGAGUAAAGUAUGUGGCAGGUGGACAGUCGUUCUUCGUCGGCCUGAUCAACACCUUUGUCCACGUUAUAAUGUACUCUUACUAUGGCCUGGCUGCACUCGGCCCUCACAUGCAGAAAUACCUGUGGUGGAAACGGUACCUGACAUCUCUGCAGCUGGUGCAAUUUGUCCUGAUCGUUGUGCACACAGCGUACAACCUGUUCGCAGAUUGCAACUACCCUGAUGCCAUGAAUGCUGUGGUGGUUGGUUACUGCAUCACCCUCAUCAUCCUCUUCAGUAACUUUUAUUAUCAGAGCUACCUCAGGAAGACGAAGAAGCAGAAAUGAGACGCCGUGAUGAGGCAACACACAGCUGAAACACAACGGUUUAAAAAAAAUACAGACACACACAUAUAUAUAUGUAUAUAUAUAU